AUGGAGAAGAAAAAAUUACUCUUGCUCAGAGAUGAAGCAUUGUUGCAGCACCCAAUCUUCCUUCUCCUAGUUCUAGUUCUGGGGUUUGUUGUCAUGGACCCACUGCAAAUGGGCCCACUAGGAGACCAUGAAUUUAGGCCAGUGAAGCACAACAUUGCACCAUACAAGCAAGUCAUGGAGAGGUGGCCGAGGGACAAUGAGAGCAGGUUAGGGUUUGGGAAGUUGGAGUUUGAAGAUGAAGUUUUUGGUCCUGAGUCUUUGGAGUUUGAUGCUUUUGGUCGUGGCCCUUACACAGGGUUGGCUGAUGGACGCAUUGUUAGAUGGAUGGGCAACGAUUUGGGCUGGGAAACGUUUGCACUUGUAACAUCAAAUUGGUCAAAGCAGGUUUGUGCUAAGGGCAUUGACUCAACCACACACAAGCAAUGGAAGCAUGAGAAGAAGUGUGGCCGUCCACUUGGCCUGAGAUUUGAUAAAGAGAGUGGAGAUUUGUACAUUGCUGAUGCCUAUUAUGGUCUUUUGGUUGUUGGCCCUCAAGGAGGCCUUGCCACUCCCCUGUCAACCCAUGUGGAAGGGAAGCCUAUUCUUUUUGCAAAUGACCUUGAUAUCCACAAGAAUGGCUCAAUCUUCUUCACUGAUACCAGCAAGAGAUACAACAGAGUGAACCAUUUCUUUAUACUAUUGGAAGGAGAAUCCACUGGUAGGCUUCUGAGAUAUGAUCCUCCUACUAAGACAACUCAUAUUGUCUUGGAAGGUUUGGCUUUUCCAAAUGGGUUGCAGCUUUCUAAGGACCAAACCUUCCUCCUCUUUACUGAGACCACCAACUGCAGGCUAAUGAAAUAUUGGCUAGAGGGUCCUAAAAAUGGGACAGUGGAACUUGUUGCUAACCUUCCAGGUUUUCCAGACAACAUAAGAAUAAAUGAGAAGGGCCAAUUCUGGGUUGCCAUAGAUUGUUGCAGGACCCCAGCACAAGAAGUCCUCUCUCACAAUCCAUGGAUACGGAGUGUCUACUUUCGCUUGCCGAUCCGAAUGACCUACUUAGCGCGAUUUAUGGGGAUGAAGAUGUACACAUUGAUCUCCCUCUUCAAUGAGAAGGGGGAAAUUUUGGAAGUUCUCGAGGAUCAAAAGGGUGCCGUUAUGAAACUUGUGAGUGAAGUUAGGGAAGCAAAGGGCAAACUGUGGAUUGGAACUGUGGCUCAUAAUCACAUUGCCACCCUUCCUUACCCUUAAGAAUCAUUUGGGGCUGUAGAUGAAUAUCUUGUUGUUCAUACAAGCCUUUUAGCAACGGUAUCUUAAAUAGGUGGCUUGAUUUAUGAUUUGUGUAACAGUAUUGAUAAUUAGAUGAUUUGAGGUUUGUGGCUUUUUA